AUGUCCCUAAACCGUAUCUCCUUUCUAGAAGGGUGGGAGCGCAACCCCGCCAACCGGGCCGAGGAUUCAGAUUCGGACUCGUACCAAGAUCUGCCCGAGGGCUCCGUGGCCUCUUCAUUUCCCUCCAGGCUUAAUUUCAACCCGUAUGCGGGGCCGGCCUGGAACGAGAGCCCCGACGAUCGGCUCUCCUUGCUCGGCUCGGUUUCUCCAACCCGUGGGGGGCGGGCGGGCUCAGUGGGAUCCGCCGACCGGACUGUGCACGAGUCGGCAAUUUCUCGGACCCUGGGGGAGACGACUGGUGCUUAUGAAGUGAGCGCUGCCAGGAGGAUUGCCCAGGUAUGCACGGCCGUUGUAUACUGCUUCCUGGCAGCCGGGGUGGUCUUCGGCUUUGCAGCUCUCAAGCCGAUCCUCCUUCACGAGAAGGUAUAUCGUAAUCUCUGCUCCCAGGCCGAGCUGGACGAAGAUGUCGAUGUCUGCUAUGGACAGGAGAUUCGGCUAAAUCUUAUGUUCACUAUCGCCGCUGUAGUAACCAAUGUCUCAGCCCUACCCGUAGGAACAAUCCUAGAUGCGUAUGGACCGCGAGCCGGCGGAAUCAUCGGCAGUAUCUGCCUCGCCAUAGGAGCAGGACUCUUCGGCACAGCCAGCAGGCUGCCCUUCGACGGAUACAUCCCGGGGUACAUGUUCCUCGCCCUGGGCGGACCAUUCAUAUUCAUUCCGUCUUUCCAUCUGUCAAACACCUUUCCCAAACGAUCAGGCCUGAUCCUGUCUAUGCUGACCGGCGCCUUCGAUGCCUCGAGCGCUCUCUUCCUGCUCUUCAGGCUGAUGAGCGAACACACCCAGGGCCUCAUCUCAACCAAUAACUUCUUCGCAGUCUAUCUGAUAGUACCAGUCUUCAUCAUCGUCGCCCAGAUCUUCAUAAUGCCGAAGACAUCCUACAAAACAGCCGGCGAGCUCGUCCAACAAGCCGAAGCACAAGUGGCAGAUGAAAUCCACGACCGCAUAGAUGACACCGUCGCGGACCGCAGCGAGGGCGAGCGUCAGCGCCUAAACAGACGUCUCCAACGACAAAAUAUCGUCGGCCAUAUCCAAGAUCUUCUAGACGAUGGCACAGCCUCGGUAGUAUCCGCAACUACCAUCGACAACACCAUCUUCAACACCAACAUCGACGCUCACACCAACACAGAAACUCCAUCUCAUCCCCAUCCACAACCUCCAACAUCAUGCCAGGACGAAAUCCGCGGCAUCCUCCACGGCCACAGUGCCCUCUCCCAACUCCGCACACCAUGGUUCAUUCUCCUAGCAGCCUUUACAAUCAUAACAAUGCUCCGCAUAAACUACUUCGUCGCAACCCUCCGCACACAAUAUACAUACCUCCUCUCCAGCGCCGAAGCCAGCAAAAUAAACAAAACCUUCGACAUCCUCCUCCCACUAGGCGGUCUCCUCUCCGUCCCGUUCACGGGUACAUUCCUCGAUACCUUCCGAACAAGAACCGUCCUAUGCAUCCUGGUAGUAACAGCAACCUUCAUCGGUGUAUCAGGGUGUACACCACACAGUACUACCGCCGCAUACGCGAAUAUCAUUCUAUUCGUACUAUACAGACCCUUCUACUAUACCGCUGUAUCCGACUACGCAGCUAAGGUCUUUGGCUUCGCGACGUUCGGGAAGGUGUAUGGACUUGUCAUCUGUCUUGCCGGGAUAGGCAAUUUUGCGCAGGCGGGGCUUGACACGCUUACGUUGAGAGUCUGGAAGGGAAAUCCCGUGCCUGUGAAUAUUGGGCUUACGGUGCUUGUUGCGGGUGUCGGGGGUUGCUUGGUUGGGUUUGUUGCGUGGCAGACUGCUGUAUUACAGAGGGGGAAAACUGGUGAUGUGGAUGUUAGGGAGAGGGAGCCUCUGUUGGGAGAUGAAGUUAUUCGGGGGUAUGGGGUCUGA